AUGACGACUGGAAACGACUCUCAGACGCCGCCCACCGCUGCCGAACCACAGCUUCACCCGGAGGCUAGCGUCAUCGACGUUGAUGCUGCUUCCUCCAGCGCAAAAGGCUGGGCAGCCGAUGAAGAAUUCUCCGAUCCUUUCGACAUUGGCAACACCAAAAAUGCGUCCCAUGAAUCGCUCAAGCGUUGGAGAGAAGCUGCACUUGUUCUUAAUGCUUCACGUCGGUUCCGGUACACAUUGGAUUUGAAAAAAGAAGAUGAAAAAGAACAACGAAGAAGCAUGAUAAGAGCACAUGCUCAAGUCAUACGGGCUGCAUUGCUCUUCAAAUUGGCAGGACAGCGAGCAAUCGUAUUAGGUACAGCAGUAACUCCUCCAACUCCUAAUGGAGAUUAUGGAAUUGGUCUCGAAGAACUUGCUUCAAUGAGCAGGGACCAUAAUAUUUCUGCACUACAACAAUAUGGAGGGGUUAAAGGGUUAUCAAAGAUUCUAAAAACAAACACAGAAACUGGAAUUGUUGGUGACGAUGAAUUAUCACAACGACGGAAAGCCUUUGGGUCAAAUACAUAUCCUACAAAGAAAGGACGAAGUUUCUUGAGGUUUCUUUGGGAGGCUUGGCAAGAUUUAACCCUCAUCAUCUUAAUAAUUGCCGCUGCAGCAUCGUUGGCUCUUGGCAUAAAAACAGAGGGCCUGGAUGAUGGAUGGUAUGAUGGAGGAAGCAUUACCUUUGCUGUACUUCUUGUUAUCUUUGUUACCGCAACCAGUGAUUACAAGCAGUCACUCCAGUUUCAAAAUCUGAAUGAGGAAAAGCGAAAUGUACAAGUGGAGGUUAUAAGAGGUGGUAGAAGGGAUAAGAUUUCAAUAUAUAACAUUGUCGUUGGCGAUGUCAUACCUCUCAAGAUAGGUGAUCAGGUUCCUGCAGACGGAAUCUUGAUAAACGGUCAUUCUCUUGCCAUUGAUGAAUCUAGCAUGACAGGGGAAAGCAAGAUCGUUCACAAAGACCAGAAAUCACCAUUUUUGAUGUCAGGUUGCAAGGUAGCAGAUGGUGCUGGAACCAUGCUGGUAACGGGUGUGGGAAUUAAUACUGAAUGGGGAUUGUUGAUGGCUAGUAUUUCAGAAGAUACUGGGGAAGAAACACCAUUGCAGGUACGCCUGAAUGGGGUUGCCACUUUCAUAGGCAUCGUUGGGCUGACUGUGGCUCUUUCUGUGCUCAUCGUUCUCUUGACCAGGUUUUUCACUGGGAAUUCAGAAAAUGCUGAUGGAUCUGUUCAGUUUGUCCGUGGGAAGACUAGCAUUGGUCAAACUGUUGAUGGAGCCAUAAAAAUUAUUACCGCUGCAGUCACAAUUGUGGUCGUCGCAGUCCCAGAAGGCCUUCCUCUGGCUGUAACCUUGACCCUAGCGUACUCUAUGAAGAAAAUGAUGGCUGACAAGGCUUUGGUGCGUAGGCUUUCAGCUUGUGAAACUAUGGGAUCUGCAACAACCAUUUGUAGUGAUAAGACUGGAACAUUAACCAUGAAUCAGAUGACAGUAGUUGAGGCCUAUGUUGGGAGAAAGCAAAUUGAUCCUCCUCAAGAUGGCUCACAGCUGAAUGCAGCAGUUUCCUCUCUUCUAGAUGAGGGAAUAGCUCAGAAUACUGCAGGCAGUGUAUUUCCAUCUAAGGACGGUGCAGGAAUAGACAUUUCUGGAUCUCCCACUGAAAAAGCUAUUCUUCAUUGGGGUGUCAAGUUGGGGAUGAAGUUUGAUGCCGUGAGAUCAGAAUCUAUUAUUCUCCACGUUUCUCCUUUUAAUUCCACAAAGAAACGAGCGGGUGUUGCAUUACGAGGACGGACUGACUCUCAAGUUCAUCUACAUUGGAAGGGAGCAGCUGAAGUAAUUUUAGCCUCAUGUUCACAGUAUAUGGAUGCAAAAGGUAGCUUGCAGUCUAUUGAUGAGGACAAUAAGGUUUUUUUCAAAGAUGCUAUUGAAACUAUGGCUGCAAAAAGCUUGAGGUGCGUUGCCAUUGCUUACAGAACUUGUGAAACAGACAAGGUUCCAACCGGUGAAGAACAAUUGGAGCAAUGGACUUUACCCGAAGAUGAUCUUGUUUUGCUUGCAAUUGUUGGUAUAAAGGAUCCUUGCCGUCCAGGUGUCAAAGAUGCAGUGAAACUAUGUACGGAUGCUGGUGUUAAGGUGCGUAUGGUAACUGGAGAUAAUCUUCAAACGGCCAAAGCAAUUGCUAUGGAAUGUGGAAUACUUUCUUCAGAUGCAGAUAAUGUUGAGCACAGUAUUAUAGAAGGGAAGACAUUUCGUGAGUUGUCUGACAAAGAGAGAGAGCAAGUUGCAAAAAAGAUAUCUGUUAUGGGAAGGUCGUCUCCCAGCGACAAGCUUUUGCUCGUUCAAACAUUGCGUAAACUAGGGGAAGUUGUUGCUGUAACUGGAGAUGGAACCAAUGAUGCUCCCGCAUUGCAUGAGGCUGAUAUUGGUCUUGCCAUGGGAAUACAAGGAACUGAAGUUGCAAAAGAAAGCUCAGAUAUCAUUAUCUUGGAUGACAAUUUUUCUUCAGUAGUAAAGGUUGUGCGCUGGGGGCGUUCCGGGAUCAAUUAUGAAAUUUUUCUCAGAUUUGCAAAUUAA